AUAACAAAUUAAAUAAAAAAUAGACCGGUGAUAGUGCUGCCUGAAGAUCAUGAUCAAUAUUCUGCACCGUUAAAAUUACGAUGUAGAUAUAAACAAACCAGCGUGCGAGGGAGUCAAACAAGAACGUGUCGCCGAUGUACAUGCAGAGCCAUGGAGAACCUCCCCCGGCAGUGUCAAUACCUGGCCCUCGGUGCUGCCCGCAUCAGGGAGAUCAGGUCCAUCGUCUCCAAGCUCGAAAACUGUGAGCAUGGAGGCCGAGCCUUCCAGAAGCUGCCGCGCCACAUGCAACGCCGCGCCGUGUCUUCCAACCCCCACCGCCUCCCUCGCUACCUGCGGGAAAAGCACAUGAGAGAGGGCGGUGGCAGCACCAAGCCGAGCCACCGUCCCCGCAGGAAGUACCGCAGGCGCCCAGCAAACCUCCUUCAGGAGUACAACCGCCGUCAGAAGGAAUAUGUGUGGCUGGAGACACACCUGUGGCAUGCCAAGCGGUUCCACAUGCACAGGCAUUGGGGUUAUGCUUUGCCUCACACCCCCACUUGCAGGGGGCACCGGGCAAGCCUGAGGGCAGCCACUACAGGGUGUCUUCUGCAGGAUGUGUCUUAUUUAUGCUGCAUAGAGCGCGGAGUCAAGAGUACCAUCCUUCAGGGCCUGUCCAGAGCCUUGCAGCCAGAGAGUCUUGCUGCCCUUACAAGUCCCCAAGUGCUUGCAGGGAGGCAUUGGGUGUCCUCUAUGUUCUUCCAGCCUGAGAGACAGCCAUAUGGUGCACUUGCAGAAGUGGACAUCUUGUUUCACCCUCCACAACAUAACACAGAUGAGGAGGAGAGAGUGAAGCUUUGGGUAUGGACUCACCCUUCUGCUCAUACUCACAUUGUAGAAGCUUUGACUGAAGUGCUGCACCUACACAAAGUUCCUGCCAACAAUGAAGACAUCCCUGAGUUGUCUGGGAAAGCUGGUGGUAGUCAAGAGGAACUAGGAGGCAAAGAACUGAGAGGUGAUUCUGAAGCUGAGGAAUGUAGGAAAGAAAUGUGUGUAGAUGAUUUGUCUGAGAGGAAGAAUGAGUCUGUACCAGGAAAAGACGAAAGUGCUCAACACACAAAAAUGGAAGCUGAGGAAUGUAGGAAAGAAUUGUCUGUAGAUGAUACAUCUGAGAGAAAAGAUGAGGCUGUACCAGGAAGGGAAGAUGAAGAUGCUAAACACACAAGGAUGGAAACUAAGAUUUGUAAGGACACACCUACAGAUGAUGCUUCUAAAGUUAAACCAGAGCCAGAAGAGAAAAGUCAAGUCACUCAAGAUACAAGAAAAGACCAGAGGAAAAACAAGACAAAGAAAUCAAAGGACGUCAAUGCAGAAAAGCUUCAGAUGCGAAACGUUCCCUUUGAGAGGACACCAAAAUACAUCUCUGGUGACAGCAGCACAACCAUGACAUUGCUCAAGGACACACUCAACAGAUUCAGGCUCCUUGGGCCAAGAGCAUACGGUGUGUUGUCAUCUGCUGCUGUCCCUGCUAACGUGGCAGUGGAGGAGGAGGUGACAGAGGGGAUAUCCGAAUGUGAGGAGGCAAAAGGACCAUGGUGGAAGCAUUACUACAGUGAGGAAGGAAGGCUGCAGAGUCAUCAGAAGCAGGUGGCAGCAUGGAAGCAGCUGGCAUCCUGUUCUCACCCACCAGGCAAAGUUGUGCUGCCACUAACAGUUCGGGACCCAAGAGUCACACUCCCCACCAAGAAGGUCUCAGUGUUGGAUGAAGAUUCAGAUCGUGUCAGGUCAGCCAGCCUCCAGGAGUGGCCAGUAGAGAGUGCCAUGUACAGCAGCGACCUCAGAGACUAUGUCACACUCUCCAAGGAGCCCGACGCUGCCCUUAACCAGCGCCGCUCACAGUUCCUGGUGCCAGGAUCCCAGCUUCCUGAGACACCACAGGAAGCACGUCUUCCUCUGCUGCUGCUCUCCCGGCCUCCAAGUUCUGCUGGUCUUGGCAGUGGAUGGGAUGUGGUGACACCAGCUGGGUGGGGGAUGAGUCUGUUCCUGCCACUGGUCUUCAAUGGAGGAGUAGUGAAUGGACAGCACGAGGCAGAGAACCUUCACCUGGAGGCCCUCACAUCCCUCCCACCCCACCUCCUCCCUGACACACCUGCUGGGGACCUGCACUCCACCUGGCUGGCUGCAGAAAGGCACAAGGAGUUCUUCAAAAGGCCGCCUGCCAGCAGACACAACUACAUCAAGCUUGGAGUUCAGUUUCCAUUUUCCCAGCCUUGGCGGAAACUACUACAGGAGUGGCAGCCGGGGAUUCUUGAUUUCUUUGUGGUCAGGGAUGCAGGGCUCAUCCAGUCCUUGUCUCAGCUGAUUCACAAUGUCAAAAAGAUUAGUAGUAAUAAGGAUGAGAAAGAGGAAGGAGCUAGUGGCACAAUUAUUUCAAGCACUGAUAGCAAAGCAGUCAGUUACUCAAGUAGUAAUGGCAAUGCUGCCACAAGUGUUGAUGCCAAACCUGGGAAGAGGAAAGCAGAUGAUGAUAUGAGCUGUAAUGAGACCAAAAAAACAAAGCAUGAACAGUCAGAAGAAAAAAUUCAGAUAUGUGCUGCAGAGAAAAAUGUGAGUGAGGAGACAGAUGGCAUGCAGGAGCUGACAGUGGCAAGCCCUGUCAGUCUGGUGAUGGUGCAACUGGUCCUGGCACACAAGGGCACCAUGGAACCGUGUGCCAUGGUGUGUCUGCCUCAGGAUGAAGACUUCUUUCCUGAAGAUGGUUCAUUGAGGUUGAGGGAGCAAGGAGAGGCCCUGAAGGAACCCCUACAUGAGGACCCCAACCAUGACCGCCGGGCAAAGAUGAGAAAUGAACAUUCCAAGAUCCUGGGCCGGAUGAGGAGGGUGCGACGCAAGGCACGGCAGAGGGUGGCCAUGGAGAUGGAUUUUGUGUCAGCUGCCCAUACCACUCAGACCCUGAAGGACGCCACCACAGAGGCACUCAGGAAGGUGGACGAGGAGAAUGAGACAAUCCUCAAGAAGCAUUCAUCGUACAAAGAGGAGAUGGAGAGUGCCUGGCUGAUGGGUGCCAACGAGCCCCUGCAGUGCUGUGCCCGUGCCAUUAUGGGCUACAUCACUCAUGGCACCUUCAGCUACUCCCACGGGAAGGCAGCCGGCAUUGGCUGGGUGGCAUUGAAGCCACUCCUUCGCCUUCUUGAGCAGUGCAAGGAAAACAGAGGUCAGAGUAGUUUGUUGGAAGCACCAAGUAGAGGAAAAGGCACCAGAAGUCUCCCAGUGCUGGUGAGAAACCCAUCCACUGUUCAGUAUCGCUGGGCACACUUAUCCUUGGUAGAGAACCCACCUUCAGAGGCAACAUCAGGCUAGUAGUAACAGCACAGCAGAGGUUCAUUUGGUGUCAGAAGUUGGGCAAUCUGCAGCAGUCACUCCCACUGUACUCUCUGUUUUCCCUGAGUCUUAAGUCUGAUCCACUGACAGUCUGUCUGCUUAUAUGCCAGGCUGGCAAUCCCACAUGGUGUGGCCCAGGCAAAACACCUCAGCCAAACAUGCAUCAUUCACACUCUUAGCUCAGUCAGCUCCUGGUAGAAAGGGAAACCUUAGAAAAACAGAACCAAAUUGAGAGAAAAUGCUUAACACAGUGGAAGUGAGUGAAGCAAGUUGAGUGUUUAAAAAGUAUGUUACAACUAAGACAAUUGUUUGGCCUAAAGACUGUUAAAGAAUAAAAACUUCUAUUCAGUACA